AUGGGGACUAACAUGAUAUCAUCAGUGUCAUGUUAGUAUGAUCUGAGUAUACUUCACAUUUAACAACAUACUGCUUUGAAUUGAGCGAAGGUUGAUGUCUUCUAUUUGCACUUGUUAUAACUAAGAUGACAAAGGAAAACAAUGAUGGCAAACCAACGAUGUAUUACGUUUGAAAUGGAAGUAUGGACCAUUUUCUUACUGGGAAUUGUGACUAUCGCACAGCCUGUAAAUGCCGUCUUAGAAAUUGGAUGCUACCCGAUGAACAAAACGAAUCCGAAAUUCCGGGUAUCUGGCGGGAAUUACGACCCAACCAAUGUCAAGCAUGAAGACUGUAUCUUCGCAUGUUACAUACAGUCGCAAAGUUACUCGGGAUUGCAGGCUGGUCACUGUCUGUGUUCAAGCACCGCCUAUCUCACAGAUCCAUCGCCGGUCUGUGGCGACCCUUGUCCCGGUGAUGAGCAACAGAGCUGCGGUAACGACACCCACGUCGCGGUCCCCGUGGACCCCAUCCCGUCCAACCUACCAAACAUUCAGCUGGUUGAACCAACGGGCACCGUCAUCGCUGGCAAGCCUACCGAACUUACCGUUACAGGUAUUAGUGUCGGUGAUGUCACUAGCAGUUCCAAGCUGGGAUUCGAACCUGGUGACGGUAGCCUGACCAUUUGGGAGGAGACUGCUUUGGCUACCAGUUACGUGUAUCCAACCAGCGGACACUUCGUUGUUGUGGCGACGGGACAAAGAGACUUAUUGCUCGUUGCACACGAUGCGGUUCCGAUCACCGUUGUCAUGGAAACGGCUGGCGUUUGUCUCCAGUGCCCUGCUGUUGUGGCGAUAGAACAACCUUUUGACUGCACUGUGGAGGUUAUACAGGGAUCGGAUGUGACGUUGACGAUGUCGAUCAACGAUGCAGACAUGGCACCUCUGCCUCUUGGAAGUACCACAUUCACUUUGCACGGUGCGAUAGGCCUGAACGGUUCCCAGACUACUGCAGAAACUACCACGUGGAUAUUACCAUCGACAGAAUCCUUGCAGAGAACCAGACUGCUGGCAAUAGAGGCGCUGAUUUCAGAUGUUGGGAGCGGAACGUUCACCAUUCUGGUUUUGAAACCCAAAUGUCCAACUGGUGUUUACUGUGCCACUGAUAACCUCUGCCGAUCAGACUCUCAGUGUAACUAUGACGCAUCUCGUCAUAGUAACCCCCUCACCCAGGAUACUUGUACCAGCAAUGCCACCACGACCCGUCUGUACUGCAUCGCGAAGGGUGGGUGUUCGGCUGCGUCAGGGGGACCAACCUCUUGCCCAGCCAAGCCUGUCAGGUUUGACACUGACGCCAUCGACCCACAGAGACCUGGGUACGAGGUUGUCCACCUUCUCCCUAUGGAGGUUUCGUCCCCCGGACUGUUCCGGUACAACUUCAGCGACACCCUGUGCGAGCUCUUCACCUUAGAUGUGGGCUACGUCCUUGGGGUAGCCUUCUCAGCAGGUGGGGCAAGCAUUGCCACACAGACAGACCCAGAGCUGAACACCACCGUUCCCCUCGAAUACAAAUCGACAAUUAAUCCUACGACUCUCACGACCGGUAGCGAUUUGCCAGUCAGUAGUUUCCAGCUGGAUUCUGCCCGGCACCUAGUGAGGGCUAUCGUUGUAGCACCACUAAUCAGCCGACCACAGCUAACAUUGAACAGUAUGGGAGAUUUUGAUGUUGCGGCUACAGUGACCAACACCAUAACCCCAGGUGGUGAUGUCGACAGGGCAAAUGUAUCGGCCCAAAUUACAAUCAUCGGAUUACAAUGUGAGGAUUUCAAGGAAGGCGUCCGGCCACAUGAGGAGGUUUUCUUAGAAAUCUCAGUGAUGAACGGCAGUCAUAUCUCCUACACCUUAGACUGGGGUGAUGGAGAACAGGAUGAUUUCUAUACCCUAGACUCAGUGCCAAUCAACCAGACCCAUUCCUACACUACUGCCGGUACCUAUGAGGUCAACAUCGUGGCCAGUAAUCUGAUCAGCAAUGAGACCAUAGUCGUUACCAUCCAAGUCCAGAAUCCCGUUCAACUUCAGCACUUCCUGGUCACGAUGGCAAGUCCUCAGGUCGUGGAAGGCAACGGAAAUGCCACCGCUGCCGAUCUGGUCAUAACAGUAACUAAUCCUCCCCCCGCUGAUCCCUUGGCAACCAACCCUCAAGCUACCAUCACAUGCCUGACCCUGAUCACCUGUCCUCAAGCUGUCACCGUUGACCUCUCAACAUUGACUGCACAUAACCAGAUGAUUAGUCAGGACAUUGAUUUCACCGAUCAUGGGUUCUACACCCUCAGCGUCACUAUCUUUAAUUUGGUCAGUGAGGAGACGUACGAAAUUAAGGUUUCAGUUUAUGAGCGCCUGCAGGGAGUGAAAAGCUUUGCUCAAUACAAGCCCUCGCAAUCGGCUAGCUCCUACGCUACUAAAGGCCACGGCGUACUGGAAGACACCUUUCCUCUUGAUAGGCCAGUAGUUUUCGAAAUGAGCUUCUUAUCAGGUUCUGAAGUGAAGUACCUGGUGGAUUUUGAUGAUGGAUCAUCAUUGGGCAAUUAUUCACAUGAAGAGACACCGUUUGAUCAUUUGUUUCGCUCGGUUGGUGAAUUUAAUGUUGUUAUUUCUGCCAGUAACCCUGUCACGCCUACUAUUAAUAUCAGAACCACUAUCAAGACGUUACAGCCAAUCCGUGGGGUUCGUAUAUUGGAUCUGGGUGUAUCCCGCGUCAAUGAGACGAGAUAUUUGAACAUCACCGUGACUGAUGAGGGAUCAAAUUCCUGUGUGGUCGUGGAUUUUGGUGACGGCACUACCAAUGAAGCCUAUGGAACGUGCGGUGGCCAUUCAAACCGUCGCGGCAAUUUCACACCGCCAAUCGGUUUGCGGCAUGUGUACCCAGAGCAAACCUCGUAUGAAGUCCAAGCCAUGGGUUGGAACACACUGUCCACCGACAACGCAACUAUCCUCAUCCCAGUAUCGGAAGCUAAGAAGUACUGUGGGUUACCGACGGUGAGCAUACAAGACAGCAAACCGGGCUGGUGGUUGCCUAGGGUGGUCGUUCGCAAGGAUCGCCUUGCCUUUCAAGGCAUCACCAAACUUGACUGUUGGUUCACGGAUAACUCGAAGGAAUGGUUUCUAGAACGACUCGAUCCGCAAACUGGUAUCCAAUUGGAAGCAACGAUGAAGCUCACCACGAAAGAAUCCACCCUGCUCAUUCCAGCCUUUACUCUGGAAAUCGGUCUGUAUCGUCUAGGCUACAAAGUCACCAUGAACAGAACUCUGACAGAUGGCUUGGAGUUUUCUUCCAUCGGUUAUGACUACAUCGAUGUACAGCGCUCACAGCUUGUCGUAGCGCUCAUUGACGGUCAGAUGACGUCUACUGUUAAAGGAUGGGGAAGUAUGCUAGAUCUUAUCCCGGGGAAAGUAUCCAAAGAUCCUGAUGUGCCUGAUGAAGAAGAGGUUCAGGGCUUUGAGAAAAUCCUGUAUUUCUGUCGUCGAAUUGGCGAGAAGUAUCCCUCCAAGGAUAUCUACAUUGAUAUUCCUGAAAUGAGGGAAGAUCCUGGCAAUGGCACAGAUGAGGCAAAUGAUGGAGGCUGUUUUGGCACUGGACCUGGCCGCCUGAACUCAAGUUUGCCAACUCUAAGCUGGAAUACCUCCUUGAUGGAGACGGGGGUACGCUACGAGCUCUUAGUCAUCAUUAAGAAGGACAUCAGGAGCGGCAACUUCAGCCUGAUACUGGAACUAAAAGAGGGCGACCCACCGCAAGCUGCCAUAAGUAUUGGUCGUGGUACCAUCUUCACUCCUGGCAAUGGUGCCCAGAUCGUCAACCCCACAGGCAGCGUCCGAUUGACGGCCUCAUGCAGUGAAUUCUGCAAUGGUGUGCGCUACUCAUGGGUGGUACAGGGCUUGAAUAAUUCUAACUAUCCCUCCAAUCUAAUGGAUUGGCAGCAGUGGACUUCUGGAGGCUCCGAGUAUCUGUACAUCAAGAGUGACUUCUUCUCAGCUUUUCCUCAGUUCUCUGUCUUCGAGGUCACCGCCCAUGCCACUAACACCCAACGUGGAGAGGGUUAUGCUAGCAUGAAGAUCCAGUUAAACCAACCCCCAGUCAGUGGCAGCUGCACAGUGCAUCCGCAGAACAUAACGUUGGGGGAAUCUGUGCGCAUCGUCUGCGAGGAUUGGAAAGAUUGGCAGGACAUAGUCCUGUACAAAUUCUAUGCUAAGUCAGCAUUAUUUGAGGCUGUACUUAAGAACAGCGCUGUUCCAAAGGUCGACGUUAAGCCGCCGUUGGGCUCACCAACUAAUGAUUAUGCUGUUUCACUUAGUGUGACUGCUGAGGACACCAUUGGGGCGACCACUUCUCUUGCCUUUGCUAACAUCACGGUGAGCCCACCAGUUAACAGACGAUCAGAGAACCACAGCUUAGAGCAGGAGCGUUUGUAUGAGACUCUGAGGUCCGAAGAAAACCCAGAAGCCAUCAAUGCUCAACUCCUAUUGGAUGCAUCGUUGCUAUUGGCAACCGAAUCAUCGUCACCCGAUCUCCCCAGUGAGGCUCCAACAGAGAUGGAUGAGCAAGCGAGACAGCAACAGGCAGCUGAAAGAGCUGAAAAGUCACAGGAGAUUGGCAGGAUGGUAGAGCUUCAAUCCUCUGUGGUAGUGAGCAGCUCUGAAGAUAUUGUCUUGAUGUCCAGUACAAUAAGCCUCAUUACCAAAGACGUAUCAGCUCUAUCUCCUAACACUCUGGAUACCUUAUCCAAUGUGGUAGGUGGAAUGCUCAGUUUUGUUGAAGAUGACCCAAAGUCAACCAAAGAUGAGUCCAAGCUGAACAGUGUUGGCAAGGGGCUUAUCUCAUUCGCUGGAAACAUUCUAAUGGGAGUGAGUGAGUCUGUCAGUAACCCUAUCGACAUGUCAGCUUCAGGUUCAAGCAGUCACCAAUCUCGUAAUCGUCUUGCAUUAGCUCAGACUGAUGAACAACAGCAGGACGAAGAAUUGCAAAAGAAGGCUGAAACCACCUUGAGCAAGCUGGAAGAUUCCAUGCAGCGUCUGUAUAGUCUCACCGUCAAUAACAAGCUCCCUGGCGAGCAGAGCACAGUGUUCACUUCCCCUCAACUCACGCUGAGCACCAGUCGUCAGAAGGCUGCGGAGCUUGGCAACAUGACCGUCGAUGAUGGGACAGGGAAUAUCAUGAUGCCUGGAUGGUGUGAGCUCAUGGGAAGGGAGGAGAACUGUAGCACAGAUGAAGCUGUAGAUAUGAAGUUGCAAUCCACACGGACCAACACCUACAACUUUGCCAAAGGUAGUCAUGCAGACAGACAAGAUGGAGGCUUGGUCAACUUUACUUUCUUCAACAACGACACGGUGGAAAUCCCUGUCAGCAACUUAUCUGACAACAACCUGAUCAACAUCCACUUCAGUCAACUGGACGCCACUGCUGAGGCCAAUUUCACGACCUUUGACCCCACACUAGGCAACGGCAGCUUCAGUCAUAGUUUCACGGUGGAAGGGGUCGGAGAGAGCGUGUUUAUUGAGUUACGCCCAGGCAACGAGACCGUGGUCUACGCACUCUACAUUAGCUUCAAUAAGACGGCAUCGUCCGAGGACUACGAUUGGAUGUUCAUAAUCCCAAAUGUAACGGAUGAAGAGAUUAAUGAUGGAUCCACUACAUCAAGAGUCCCGUCCACUACAUCAACACCUCUGACCACCGCUAGUGAUUUCACCACAAGUGACGUCUCAUACAACUCAACUACGAAUUUUCCAUGGACUACGGAGGAUCUGACAACAAGCGCUAAUCCCUCAACUAAUCCUCCAACAACAGAUAAUCCAUCGUUCACCGAUUAUCCCACAACUGAUCAUCAAUUUAUGAAUAUGUCAUUUGAUGAUUUGUUCUGGAAUAAUUCUACUGACAAUACCGCGGGGGAUUCCUUGAAUUUUGAUGAAGCCAUGCCAAGCAAGCCAAUAUCCCAUACCGUCAUGUUUGGACCCAAGCAGCACAAAGGCAAACUUGGAACCUAUUUCUUCCGUCUUGCCAAACUGGCUGAGGACGAAACGCCGGAAAACUUGACCUUGAACUACUCGCUGCGGAUCCUACAGGCUGAGUGUGCCUUCUAUCAGAGCGAGACUAGGCAAUGGAGCACAGAGGGAGUCCAGGUGGUUUUGGACGAGAGAACCAACCUUCCAAUUUGUCAGACAAGCCACCUGACGCCCUUCACCACGACCUGGAUAGUCAAGCCAGUCGCCCUAGACUGGGACCUAGUCUUUGAUAACCUCAACCCUUUGGAGAACCUCACCAUCUACCUGACCUGUGGUGUCAUCUACACCUUGUUCUUCUUCAUCUUCAUGUGGGCGCGGCGGAAAGACAAGAAAGAUGUCAUGAUGCUCGGCGUGACACCAUUGCCAGAUAACAACCCAAGCCAUUCCUAUAUGUAUGAGAUGAUUGUAGUCACGGGAAAGAGGUUCAAUGCUGGUACAGAAUCAAAGGUGAGUUUCAUCCUGUCCGGUGAAGACGAUGAGACAAAGCCACGAUGUCUUGAAGAUCCCAACCGGCAGAUUCUUAUCAGAGGCAGCAUAGACAGAUUCCUCCUGACCACUGCAAAACCCCUUGGCGCACUCAACUACAUGCGCAUCUGGCACGACAACUCGGGACAAGGUGCGGCUCAGAGCUGGUACAUGAGCUACAUUGCCAUCCGUGACUUACAGACCAAGCGACGCUACUUCUUCCUGUGUAACCAGUGGUUCUCAGUGGUUGAUGGAGAUGGACAGGUUGACCGCCUGCUUCCCGUCUCCGGCAAGGAGCAGAUGCAAGAGUUCAGUCAUGUCUUCUCCAGCCAGACCGGCAAGCAUUUCAACGACGGGCAUCUCUGGGUGUCCAUCUUCACCCGGCCCCCCGGCAGUCGAUUCACUCGUAUGCAGCGUGCCAUGUGUUGUCUCAUGGCUCUAUGGCUGGAAAUGCUGACCAGUAUCAUGUUUUACCAAGCAGUAGCGACCGGCUCAACUGUCAAACCGUUCAGCAUAGGACCCUUCAGCUUGUCUCCAUCUGAGAUAGCGAUUGGCAUCGAGUCCAACCUGAUCGUGUUCCCCAUCAGUCUUCUGAUGGUGCAGUUCUUCAAGAAGUCCAGGGUAAGACGGAAGCGACCGUCCAGGAUCCAAGUAGCGAAGGAGAAACAGCAGAAGUGCGUCUUGGGUGGGAACCGAGUUCAUCCCAUGAAGACGAGGGCCGAUAACAGCGAUACGGUGUCGUCACGAGACAUCUUCAUCAUCAGUGAUGAUGCCAAGAUGGACAAGGAUCCCUCCAAGGUAUCCCCCGACCCUUGCCCUGCCUCCAAUAAGCACCCUCCAGCUAAGAGGAAUCAGCGAUGCAGCCUGCCGUGGUGGUGCGUGUACCUGGCGUGGAUCAUCUGUAUCUUAGCCACGUUGGCUGCUACCACCUUUACGUUCUUCUACGGCCUGCAGUACGCCAAUGAGAAGACAACCAGUUGGUUUCGUUCCAUCAUCAUCUCCUUCUUCUGUGGCAUUAUUCUGACUCAGCCCAUCAAGGUGAUCCUAGUAUCUCUCUUCAUCGCCCUCGUCUUCAAGACGCCCAACGCCGAUGAAGACACGGACAUUGAGGAGGAUGAAGAAGACUGUCAUCUUCAAGAAGAUGAGGAGUGGCUACACACCCUGUAUGGAACAAGUAACGUCCACCCAGUUGCUGCAAGGGUGCCCCCAGAUCCUCACGUGGUUGAGCGCCAACGCAUCAAACGCAUCAAGGAGCUCAAGAUGUAUGCCAUCAUCCGGGAGAUACUCUUCAGCGUCAUCUUUGUCUGGCUCUUGUCGGUCUUCAGCUACGGAAACCAGGAUCCUUUUGCCUUCUGGACGAAGGACGCCCACGUUAAGCUGCUGGUGCGCGGAGAUGGCAAUCACACCUUCAUGAAUGCCUCAAGUAUUCCCAAGUUUUGGGUUUGGGUGAACACUGGCCUGGUUCCAGGCAUGUUUGCCGGUCCCUGGUACAAUGAUCAAGAUCCUAGUCCUGAUGAGAAGAACUUCCUUGGAGAUCGGUACUCUAAGAUUUUGGGCAAGGUGAUGUUCCGGCAGUUGAGGGUUCCACGAGGAAAGUGUGAGGUCAAUCCCAAAAUGAGGCGUGCCAUCACAGAAUGCAAUAUCGAUUACUCUGGGGCCGCUCAGGACGAGGCCAAAUACGGAAUCGGUUGGACUCCACUUGACCCAAACGGACCUGAGUAUCCAGAGUAUACGUUCACUGACAACAAAGUCCUAGAUAGUUACCCUGUUUGGGGGCGUCACGCUUUGUAUCUGGGUGGUGGGUACAUUUACUAUGUGGACACCGAGUCGGUAGAUCGUGUGAGAGCAACGGUUGAUAAGAUGUACCAAGAAGCAUGGAUCGACCGAUACACAAGGGUCCUGUUCAUUGAGUUUUCUGUCUACAACGCUCAGACGAAUCUCUUCAGCUUCAUCAAUCUGAUGGUGGAGAUCCUACCUACUGGUGGCAGCUACCCCAACUAUCGCAUCGAUGUCUUGAGGUUGUUGACAUACCACGAGGGGAUCGGUCUCGUCCGUGUCAUCUGUGAGGCUGUCUUCUUUGUCUUCAUCAUCUGCUUGACGGUCAGGGAAUUAUUUUUGAUCCGUAAGGAAGGCAAGCAGUACUUCAAACAGUUCUGGAAUCUCAACGAGUUGGCUAUCAUCAUCUUCUCUAUUGUGACCAUGGUUGUCUACUUCUUCCGACUCUUUGUCACCAACUCCCUGCUGAAUGACUUCGCUAAGAAGCAGAGCCAGAAGCACAUCAACCUGCAGUACGUGGCCUACUGGAAUGAACUGAUGGGAUACCUGCUGGGCCUACUGGUUUUCCUCAGCACUCUCAAGUUCCUGAAGCUGCUUCGUUUCAACCGUCGCAUCGGUCUCCUGUCCAACACCAUCCAUAGCUGCUCUGAGGAACUCCUCAACUUCACCUUCAUGUUCUCCUUUGUCUUUGUUGCCUUUGCCGCAGCAUUCUACUUGAUCUUCUGCAAUCGGCUUUACAACUAUUCGGACAUUCUCUUCACGAUGGAGACCAUGAUGACGGCCAUUCUGGGAAAGUUCAAGUUUGGCGAGUUGUUGGUGACUGAGAGCAUUCUGGGUCCGCUCUUCUUCUUUUGCUUCACUGGUUACGUCUGCUUCGUCAUGAUUAACGUCUUCCUGACGAUUAUCAUCGGGGCCUUCAAGACGGUCAAGGGAGACAUUGCAAAUCAGUCCAACGAGUAUGAGAUGAUCGACUUCAUCUUGAGUCGGUUCAAGUCCUUCACAGGCAUCGGCGGCAAGAAACGCAAGGAGGAAGAUGAACUCCUACCCAACUUGGACAUGGAAGAAUACGAAGCAGACCUGGCCAAGUCUCUGCCUGUCAAGGUGGACCAGCUCCUGGAUAGGAUCGCACAUGUCUACUUUGACCAAGGGACUCUGAAUGACUUCGUCAAGGAGGUGUCAGCCAUGGACAAGAAGAGAAAGAAGAAGGAAGAGCUAUCCAAGUCCAGGAAAAUAUACCUGAGUUAAGAAAUUUGCACAUGCUGUAUGUGCACAAGGAAGUGUCAAGGUUAAAAGUCAGGGGCUGACAUAUAUUAAAGAGGUCUUUGUGAUUUUCUUUCUAAAACUAUUUUAUUUCGAUUGUAAAAACAAAUAUUCAUACAAUUCGAAUUGAAGAUUUGAUAUUUUUCCAAAGAAAGGAGUUUACUUCAUUAGUUUCUAAAAUGGCAACAUAGAUUAGAUAUUAUUAUAUUAGAUACUCUGAUAUUUUUGCCCCAGAAGUAGUCCCCUCCGGCAGUUCCGGCUCUGUAAAUACAUUGUAAUUAACUUGCAAAUUAUGAAUAAGAUUUGAAUUUAACGUUUUCUGGGUAUGUGUUUGAUGAGGGUCAGUUUCUGCCUAUAGAUAAACAAAAGGAGAAAUUUGUCAGGUAAAACUCCUGAAAAUUGGAGAAGGAAAGAGACUGUUGAAGAUAAGUUCAUUUUGAAGGAAGGUAUAUUAUUUCAGUUUGAAAUCGUCAGAAUAUCUACUUAUUCUCGCAUACAAUAGGCAUAUUUGGAUAAUUUAUAUAUUCAGUUUCAAAUGAUAGAUAAAUCGACUGUGUAGAUAAAUGUAAAUUUUAAAUACCUUAUUAUUCUGAGAAUACAUAAAAGUCUCAUUGUACUAAAAAGUGUAUGUAUGCUAACUGUUCAAAUAUUGUAUUGUAUAGUUUAACAAUAGGAGAAACGUUAUGAGAUGAAUUGUUAAGAAUUGCGGACAAACAAAUUAUUAUAUAUUGGCUUGUAGAUAAAAUAUAUACAAGGCGUGUCCAAAAAAAAAGGGAAACCCAAACGUCAGGCCUAUUUUUGUAAUGAAGUUCAUCACAUGAAGUUCAUUUUGUAAUGAAGACUGGAUCACAAAAAAGUUUGUGUUCUUUCAGCAAAACGAAAGCAAUUCACGUGCAUCUUUGUGUGAUUUGUUUUCGUUUUGCUGAAAGAAUAAUUCCCUUUUAUGUGAUCCGUCAUCAUCCGUGGACACUACUUUAAAAUGGUGUUUGUAAAUUUUAACAUUCCGUAACUUGAAAAGUACAUAAGUGAU